ACUUCGUUACAAGGUUUGUUACACCGUGACUGUACGUGCUCACUUCCGAAUUGCUUCCCUGCAUCCAGAGUUAUCUCGGUUUCAGUCUGCUUCCACAACACUGGAGGGAUCGUUCUCUUUUUUAUGCUGUGCUACCAUGCAUGUCAUGAUUCCAACAGAGAAUGUAUUCCAGGAACGUGGCGGCUUUAAGCGUUUCAAAGCUAUAUCCUUCCCUUCAGCUGAGAUCUGCAGCCAAAACGGAGAAGCCAUUCAUGAAGAGACCGGCAGUGUAUAAAUCUGCUGACGAUCAGCCCAUUUCGCGGUCUCCGGAUGCAGGCGAAAAAGUUGUUCCACUUCCCGUCCUGAUGAGUAGGAGGAUGGGCUCCAGGACAUGGAUGAGAUUUGAUGCAAUUGGGAAUUCUGAAAUUUUCGAUUGCGACAGGAACGGUCUAUUGAAACGUGUUUCCGUGUUGGCAAGAGACCUUCGCAUAUUGGGACCCAUGUUCUCACGAUCCUCUCAUAUUCUAGCAAGGGAGAACUCGAUGGUGAUUAAUUUGGAUUUUGUGAAAGCAAUAAUAACAUCAAAAGAGGUUUAUGUUCCCGAUCCCUUCAUCCGGGAAGCUAAGCCCUUUGUAGAGCAGCUUGGUAUGCGAUUUUCUCCUCAGAACAAAUUAUGGAUCAAUCCUGGAGAGCUGAGUAUGUCACCUGUUGGACAGGUGUGCACAACAGAUGACAGCCUACAAGAACAACUCCCUUUCGAGUUCCAAGUUUUGGAAAUCGCGCUUGAUGUAGUUUGCAGCCACCUUGAGACAAACGUGCACGCUCUGGAAAUGACAGCCCGUCCAGCUUUGAACAUGUUAACUAGAGGAGUUAGCACAAGGAGUCUCGAGCUUGUCCGAAUGGUCAAGAGCCGGCUUACUCAUUUAAGUGCUCGAAGUCAGAAAGUCAGAGAUGAACUUAUGCAACUCUUGGAGGAUGACGAAGAAAUGGCGGACCUACACUUGACUCGGAAGCAACUUCGAAUACAGCACCUGGACCCACCACCCCAAACUAAAUCUUCAGAUACUUUGGUAACAAUGAGCUCAGCUGCAUCACUCAAGUUGGCCCGACAGAAUUCGUACAGAGGAAAUGGUCAUUGUAACCGCCGUAGCUCAGUAACACCCAGCACUACCAGAGUCUAUGAUGUUGAAGAGUUGGAGAUGUUACUAGAUGCCUACUUUAUGCAAGUGGAUGCUGGCCUUAACAAGCUCUCACUGGUUCGAGAAUACAUAGAUGAUACAGAGGAUUACGUCAACGUACGGCUUGACCACCUAAGGAACCAGCUCUUUCAAUUUCAGAUCACAUUGGGUGCAUCCGCCUUGUCUAUUUCAGCUGCCAUGGGCAUAAUUGGAGUGUUCUGCAUAAACAUCUACAACCUAUCACCAUACAACAAUCCUGACUGGUUUGUACCAAGCUUAUGCUGCAGCAUGCUCAUUGCAUUUUUAGUUUAUGUGGGCAUAGUCAGUUAUGUGCAAUGGAAGGGGCUUUUCGAGAAAUGAAACUAUAACAGCAAGUACCUAUUGAUAAAGCAAGCUAUUAUUUGGUAAACUUGCAAGGAAGGGGAUAUUGGACUCUCAUGGCCGAGCUUCACUUUCUACUGGCUUCCUUGAUAGUUGAAGGCGUUACAUUCGUCAUAUUCGGUAUGGGCAUGUUCUUUAAGUUCCUUGAAAAAGAAGAAUUGGAAGAGGAAAUGAGAACAUAUGACUUGUGACGAGGUGGUCAAUUGUUGUAACAGUUAUAUAUUAUAAAAGUAAAGAUCGCUAACUAAAAUAUAAUCGUCUAUA